UGUGCGCUACCGAAGCGCGCGAAGUUGACAUUUCAGUCUGACAGAAGGCGCGUUAACGCAUGCGUGUUUGAUAUAAUGCCGAAUAUGUUUAAUAACAUUGCACGUAAAAGGUUUUUGUGAUGACAAAUACUGUAAUAUAUAUGAUACGUGUUGUAGUAGUGAGUGUAUUAUAUUACGGAUUGCUGGAUGUUUUAAAAGUUUUAAAAAAAUAUUUUAAUAACUUGACAGAGAGUUGAUAAUAUUGGAUAUAAAUUUGCUGGCAGCCACCUAAGAUUGGCAGUAUGGCGGAUGAUUGGAAUGUCACCGAAGACUUAGCAUCCAACGUCAUACCUAGCGAAUUAUCCAAAUUUUCACCAGGUCUUCUCACCUUCGCAGCUGUGGUAACAGGCUUCAUAUUGCUUGUGGGUCUCUUUGGAAACUUACUCACCGUGGUCGCUCUCCUUAAAUGUCCUAAAGUGAGGAAUGUCGCCGCUGCUUUUAUUAUUAGCCUAUGCAUCGCAGACUUCCUGUUCUGCGCCAUGGUGCUACCCUUUGCUAUUUCCGGUUUCUGGACGCGCACGUGGUCCCACGGAGGUGCUCUCUGCAAACUGGUGCCCUUUCUACGCUACGGGAACGUCGGUGUCUCGCUUCUCAGUAUAGCCCUUAUUACUCUGAAUAGAUAUAUAAUGAUAGCACAUCACAGCUGGUAUUCCCGCGUGUAUCGGAAGCACAAUAUUGCCCUCAUGAUAGUCUUCUCCUGGAUGUUCUCCUACGGAAUGCAGAUUCCCACCCUCCUCGGAGUUUGGGGUAAGUUCGACUACGAUGCGGAGCUGGGCACCUGCUCCAUAGUGGCCGACGAAAGAGGCAGGUCCUCGAAGACCGCUCUCUUCGUCAUCGCCUUCAUAGUUCCCGCUCUGCUCAUCUUCAUCUGUUACGCGAGGAUAUUUUGGGUAGUUCAUAGCUCUGAACGGCGCAUGCGGGAGCACCAUAGAUCGCAGACCAUCCAAGGCACGCUGAACAACGGUGGCGACAUCAAGCGAUCCACCAUAAAAGACUCUCGUGAGACCAAAGCUAGAAGGAACGAAUGGAGGAUUACGAAAAUGGUCCUCGCUAUUUUCUUGUCUUUCCUCGUGUGCUACCUGCCCAUCACCAUCGCGAAGGUGGCCGACAGCCACGUCCACUAUCCUGUGUUCCACGUGGCCGGCUACCUGUUGCUGUACGCCAGCGCCUGCGUGAACCCCAUCAUCUACGUCAUCAUGAACGCGCAGUACCGAGCAGCGUACGCGGCCGCCCUCUGCUGCCCCCGAGGCCACGGUCGCCUCGCCAGCGAGAAAUGGAACGAGCGUCACGGCUACAGCUUCAGCAACACGCGCACGGCGCUCAGUCAGGUGUCGCUCGGGGACUCCAGGGCGGAGCCUCGAGGCGGCUCCGCUCGGACGGGAUAGGCGUUCGGCAGUUCGCGUCCCUGGGCGGCCGAGGCGACCCCACCGAUCUGUCCGCCCUUCCCGAUUUCUCUCCCAGACUCCAAAAGGACGGAAUCGGACUCUCGUGACGUCUCGUGGGCCGAAGAGACGA